AUGACGUCUGUGGCUCACAAGGCUGGCGACGACGGGGGGGGAGGCGUGCGGUGGUACGAGUUCCGCCUGGCCGCGACGUCGCCCCGCCCCUCGCAGAGCGCGCUUGAGCGGGCGCUGUCGUCGCUGUCUGGGGUGUCUGUGCUCGGCGUCAGCGUCCGGGAGGAGGACGCGGCGAUUGUCGUGAAGACACCGUGGACCAGUGAGCCGCUCGGGCGGCGGUUCCACGACGCCAUCGUCGCCCUCGGCUACGACGUUAUCGCGGAUGCCCCGGUGGAGAGCCGGUUUAUUAUUGAAGGCAUGACAUGUGCGUCGUGUGCCGCGCGGAUUGAGUCCCACGUGCGGAGUCUGCACGGUGUGGAGAAGGCGUCGGUAAACUUUUCGGCGAUGACGGCCCUCAUUGUGCACAAUCCACAGCUGGUGUCAGCCAGGGACCUAAGGGACGAGAUUGUCGGCAUGGGGUACCAAGUUAAACUGCGGCGGACACCAGGAAGCACGCGACGGCCACCAGCAGGGUCGUUGAGCCCUGUUGAGGGGAAGCUGACUAUAGUUGGGCUGUCGUCGGCGGAGUCCGCAGCGCGCGUUCAGGCGUGCGUCCGGCGCUUAAGUGGGGUGAGGGACUGCCUCGUCGACUUCUCGACGGGGGUCUGCAAGGUGGCGCUGGAGCGGGAGGGUCUUCUUCUGUCUGUCGGGGAGACGAUUGCCUCCAUGGGGUACGCAGUCUCCGUGUCGCAGCUUGAGGGCGCCCCAGAUGCGGUGUUUGUUGACGAUAUGAGGGAGGCCUUGGAGCGGACAGGAGAAAUUGCGGAGCAGAAGGAACGGUUUGUGGGUGCCGCGGUGCUGGCAACGCCGCUGGCCCUAAUUAUGCUUCUCAUGGCGACAACAAAUGUCAUGGCUGGCUCGAGGAGGAUGAUUUUUUUAGAUUUUGUGCAGCUGGCUAUCUCGACACCGAUUGUGUUUCACUACGGCUCCGUGUUUUUUGUCCACGCAUGGCAAAGCCUGAGGCACGGAGUUUUUACGAUGGACACGCUGGUGGCCAUUGGGUCUGGUUGCUCCUACGCCUACUCCCUGGGGGCGUGUAUUAUGAUGCUUCUAACGCAGCAUCACCUGGCCACGUACUUUGAUGCCGCGGGUAUGCUGAUUGCGUUCAUGCUGCUGGGCCGCUUUCUGGAGGCGCGGGCGAAGCGCAGCACGAGCGAUGCACUCAUUGAGCUAAUGAACCUCGUGCCACCCGUCUCCAUCGUCGUGACCGCGCAAGGUGACGUGACCGUGCCGUCCUCGCUGGUGGAAAAGGGAAUGCGACUCCGCGUGCUGGCUGGGGACCGGAUCCCGGUUGACGGCACCGUCGUGGAGGGAAUCUCCGACGUGGAUGAGCAGAUGGUGACGGGUGAGGCGGUCCCCAAGGCGGUGCGGCCAGGCAGUGCCGUGAUUGGCGGGACAACAAACAUGACGGCAAUGCUGCUGGUGGACGCGAACAAAAUAGGGGAGGAAACCAUGCUGUCUCAGAUCCUGCGCUGUGUGCAAGAGGCACAGAACAGCAAACCCGAAAUUCAGCGCAUUGCCGACAGAUUAGCCACGUACUUUGUACCUUUUGUUAUCAGCUUCUCAGUGAGCGUCUUUUUCGUUUGGCUCUUUCUUGGUGUCUUUAAGCUUUACCCACCAGCGUGGCGCGGGGGUGGCGAGACCGUCGUAAUGUUUGCGUUUGAAUUUUUUAUUGCUUCCGUGGUGGCGGCCUGCCCCUGCGCCCUGGGACUUGCGACGCCGACCGCCAUCAUGGUGUGUACCGGCGUCGGGGCGAAGACGGGCCUCUUGGUGAAGUCCGGGAAAACGCUGGAGGCCGUGCAUCACUCCCGCUGCAUCGUCUUCGACAAGACCGGCACCAUCACCAACGGGCGGUUGGAGGUCGUCUUUAAGAGAUGCUGGGGCGGCGACGCCGAUGCGGUGGUCAAGCUGGUGGGGUUUGUGGAGCAGCUCUCGAACCACCCCGUGGCGAAGGCCGUGGCGGGCGGGAUUCUUGCGGCGCCCGGCCCGGCGGAGGCGUACGACGUGGUGUAUUCUAAAACCCACAGCGGCCUCGGCGCCGAGGCCGUCGUCCGCCGCAAGAAUCCCGCCGGCGCCGAGGUGCGGGUGCACGUCGGCAACCUUGCGCUGAUGCGCGAGGCGAAGAUUGAGGUCCCCCUGGAGGUUGAAUGGACGGUGCGGCAGCAGAACAGCCUGGCGAGGACCACCAUCGUCGGGGCCGUCGAUGGCGUGGCGCGGCUCGUGGUUGCGCUCGCGGACCAGCCGAAGCGGGAGGCGGCCGGGGUGCUACACUUUCUGCAGCAAGAGGGCGCCCAGGUGCUUUUGGUCACGGGCGACAACAAGAGCGUGGCGGCGCAUGUGGCGAACGCCGUUGGCAUUCCGCCUGAAAACGUCUACGCCGAGAGGCUUCCCACGGCAAAGGCAGACAUUGUACGGCAAAUGCAGUCCGAGGGUCACUGCGUCAUCUUCGUUGGUGACGGAAUCAACGAUAGCCCGGCACUGGCGCAGGCCGAUGUGGGGAUUGCGCUCGGUGCCGGAACUCAAAUCGCCAUUGAAGCCGCCGAUGUGGUACUCGUAAGCAACAGCCUCGUUGACAUCCUGAACCUGCGGGCUCUUUCCAUCACCACCGUCCGACGCAUAUACGGCAAUUUUUUCUGGGCAUUUGGCUACAACUUUUGCAUACUUCCCUUUGCAAGUGGAAUGCUAUACCCACUCAUCCAUGUACGUCUGCCGCCCAUACUGGCCAGUGCGGCGAUGGUGUGUUCCAGCCUCGCCGUUCUCCUGUCUAGCUUGUCCAUUAGGUGUUUUAAACCCUACAAAGCAGAUCAGUUUAUUGAGCAAGCGUAG